AUGGAAACAGAAUCAAAGAAAGCUGUGGCUCAGAAUCUUCAGACUCCAGAGGAGAUGGAUGGACUUCUGAUAAUGAAGGUAGAAGAAGAAGAUUUUACAUGGAGACAGGACACUUGCUUACAGAGAAGUGAUCCCCUCAGACAGGAGCUCUGCCGGCAACUAUUUAGACAAUUCUGCUACCAGGACUCCCCUGGGCCCCGGGAGGCACUGAGCCGGCUCCAGGAACUCUGCCGACAAUGGCUGCAGCCAGAGACCCACAGCAAAGAGCAGAUCCUGGAGCUGCUGGUGCUGGAGCAGUUCCUGGCCAUCCUGCCUGGGGAGCUACAGAGCUGGAUUCGAGAACAUUAUCCAGAGAGUGGAGAGGAAGCAGUGACAAUACUAGAAGAUUUGGAGAGAGGCACUGAGGAAGCACUACUCCAGGCACCAGCCCAUGAACAUGGACAAGAAAUUCUCAGGAGAAAGGUGGCAUCUCAAGAACCAGCCCUUAGUGUCCAAUUCCAGUCAGUAGAGACUAAGAACCUUUAUGGAUCUUCAGAACCCCAGCUCCUGCUGGACUGCGAAAUGGCCUAUUUUAAGAAGGAUGAAGAAAUUCUAGAUCAUCUUUUUUCUCUACCCGACAACGAAGAGGACUCAGAGGAGGAGUGUGAUGAGGAUGCCUCACAGGAGCUUACCCGUCUCGUGGUCCCUACAGCACAUUCUGAAGGUAGGAACCGAAACACUGACAUGGUAGUAGAGAAUGAAGAAGCAGCCGAUGUUGCAGAGGAAAGGGUUGAAGCAGAAGGUGGUGCCCAUGAUGAGAGGGAAGGAAAUGAAGGGGAAUGGUGUGAGGAUGUCUCCUACUUUGACAGUCUAACGACCUCACUUCAGCAUCAUGCCAAAGUUUAUCCAGACUUGACCAAUACAGACACAGAGGUGGAUUAUUUUUUGUCAUUAUUUACGGAAGAGAUUUUGGAAACUAUAAAGGACCAAACAAAUCUUUAUGCAACCCAGGAGCGCACUAGACGGUAUAGGGGGCAGGAGAUUAGAAAAUCAACUGAGAACUGGCAGCCUACAUCUGUAGAGGAAAUAAAGGCAUUCAUUGCUGUGCACAUCCUGAUGGGAAUACACGUCUUGCCGGAACUCAGACAUUAUUGGUCCAGUGACCCCCUCUUGGGUCUUUCCUCAGUUCCAGACUUUAUGACUAAAGCCAGAUUCAAGAAACUGACCGAGAACAUACACUGCAAUGACAAUUCAAAAGCUGUGCCCAAAGGAGAACCUGGCUAUGACCGGCUUCACAAAUUGCGCCCAAUUAUCAAUGCGCUCAACAGUCGCCUCAAGGAGGUGUAUAUGCCAUCAAGUGUCAUGGCAAUUGAUGAAAGCAUGGUGCCAUUCAAAUGCCGUUCAUCAAUAAAACAGUAUAUGCCCAUAAAGCCCAUCAAGCGAGGAUACAAAGUUUGGUGCUUGGCUGACUCACAAACUGGUUUUGUCAGUCAGUUUGAUAUCUAUUGUGGAAAAAAAGGUAUAGAUAGCGAUUCAUCUCUCUCCCUCGGUGAGAGUGUUGUACUUGGAUUAUGUCAUUCAUGGUACCAUUCCCACAGGCUCAUUGCCUUCAGCAAUUAUUUUACAUCCUAUCACUUGAUGAAAAGCAUGAAUGAAAGGGGACUGUAUGCUGUUGGUACAGUGCGAGCAACUAGAAAGGGGCUACCAGACAUGCUGAGGAGGAAAGAUAAUUUACAGCACGGAGAAUUCAGGUUUCGUACGAAAGGAUGUGUGUCAGCAAUAAAGUGGCAGGACAAUAAACCUGUGACAAUUUUGUCAACGUUCCACAAUCCAAAGGAUAUCACUAUUGUCAAAAGAAAGAACAAAGAUGGUUCCACCACAGUAAUCCCAUGCCCCAAAGCAGUUGCAGAAUACAAUGCAAUUAUGGGAGGAGUGGACCACUUUAACCAGAGGCGCGAAAGGUGUGCAAUUGGAAGGCGGUCUCUCAAAUGGUGGCAUCGAUUACUGUAUUUCCUUAUUGACCUUGGCAUUGUAAACAGUUUUAUAAUGUGGAACUGUAACCACGGGGGCAAAUGUGACCAGCUAUCCUUCAGGCUUGCUCUCAUCAGGCAGCUUACUGUGGGCCAGAAGAGGAAAAAAAGAGGAAGGCCCUCCUUUCUGGCGAGGAACAAGCCAGGAGUAAGCGGGGUGCCAGAUGACGUACGUAUCCAGCAGUAUGCAGCCCAAGAGGGAGCUCCUGAGAAUGCUUUCAAGUUUCCCAGGAGGCCUCCUGUUACUCCUGAAAUGGCCCACCGCUAA